CCGCGCUCACCCGCAGCCCUCCCGGCGAGCGGGGCCGGGCGCGAUGCUGAAUUAGGCGGCCGGAGCCCUUGCGAGCGCGGGGGGCAGGCGUAGCAGCCCGUAGCGGAGAGCCGGGAGGGGCGGGCGGGCAGGCAGCUCCCUCCCCAUGGCGAGCAACCGGAGCAUCGAGCUGGAGCACUUCGAGGAGCGGGACAAGCGGCAGCAGCGCUCCGGGCCGCGGCGCGGCGGCUCCGGGUCGGGCGGCGGCGCGGGGCCGAGGGGCAAUGGGCUGGUGCCCAGCCCGGCGCACAGCGCGCACUGCAGCCUCUACCGGACCCGCACCCUGCAGGCGCUCAGCUCGGAGAAGAAGGCGCGCAAAGCCCGCUUCUACCGCAACGGGGACAGGUACUUCAAGGGCUUGGUGUACGCCAUCUCCCCCGACCGCUUCCGCUCCUUCGACGCCCUCCUGGUGGAGCUCACUCGCUCCCUGUCGGACAACGUGAACCUGCCCCAAGGGGUCCGCACCAUCUACACCAUCGAUGGCAGCAAGAAGCUCACCAGCCUGGACGAGCUCGUGGAAGGUGAAAGUUAUGUAUGUGCAUCCAAUGAACCAUAUCGCAAAGUUGAUUACACCAAGAAUGUCAAUCCGAACUGGUGUGUGAACAUAAGGACUGGGUCCAGUCGAUCCUUGACGUCUUUGACAUCCACGAAGAGUGAAGUGAAGGAGAGUAAAGAUUUCAUUAAACCCAAAUUAGUGACUGUUAUUAGGAGUGGAGUAAAACCACGUAAAGCUGUGAGAAUUCUGCUGAAUAAGAAGACUGCUCACUCCUUUGAACAGGUCUUGAAUGACAUCACCGAAGCCAUUAAGUUAGACUCUGGUGUAGUCAAGAGACUUUGUACUCUGGAUGGAAAGCAGGUAACGUGCUUGCAGGACUUCUUUGGAGAUGACGACGUCUUCAUUGCGUGUGGGCCUGAGAAGUACCGGUACGCUCAGGAUGACUUCGUGCUGGAUCACAGCGAAUGUCGUGUUAUGAAGUCCUCUUAUUCCCGAUCAUCUGCCAUGAGGUACACUGCAUCCAAAAGUCCAGGACCUUCACGUCGAAGCAAGUCACCUGCCUCAGUAAAGAGGGGUGGCCACUACUCCAGUGCUCAUUCUUCAGCAAAAUCCCCAGUUAAUGGAACCCCAAGCAGUCAGUUAUCUACCCCAAAAUCUACAAAAUCCUCCAGUUCUUCACCAACAAGCCCAGGCAGCUUUCGUGGACUCAAGAUCUCUCCACAUGGCGGAUCUUCUUCCAACGUGAAUGGUGUACCUGAAUCACUCCGUUGCCAGAGUCCUGAAGGCGUGAAUGGAAACAAGUUCUCAGGGUCAUCUACCAUUCUUGAGAAGUACAAAGUGGGGAAGGUGAUUGGUGAUGGCAAUUUUGCUGUUGUAAAGGAGUGUGUAGAACGAUCCACAGGAAAGGAGUUUGCCCUGAAGAUCAUAGACAAGGCUAAAUGCUGUGGGAAGGAACACCUGAUUGAAAAUGAAGUGUCUAUUCUGCGUCGAGUGAAGCAUCCAAAUAUCAUUAUGCUUAUAGAGGAAAUGGACACCCCAACAGAACUCUAUCUGGUGAUGGAGCUGGUCAAGGGAGGAGAUCUGUUUGAUGCUAUCACUUCAUCUACAAAAUACACAGAGCGAGAUGGGAGUGCAAUGGUCUACAACUUAGCCAGUGCUCUCAAAUACCUUCACGGUCUCAACAUUGUGCACAGAGACAUCAAGCCAGAAAAUCUUCUAGUAUGUGAAUAUUCAGAUGGAACCAAGUCUUUGAAGCUUGGAGACUUUGGACUGGCGACUGUGGUUGAAGGGCCCUUAUAUACUGUCUGUGGUACGCCCACCUAUGUGGCUCCAGAAAUCAUUGCAGAGACAGGAUAUGGCUUAAAGGUGGAUAUUUGGGCUGCAGGUGUGAUCACAUACAUACUGUUAUGUGGAUUUCCACCUUUUCGCAGUGAAAACAACCUUCAGGAAGACCUCUUUGAUCAGAUACUUGUUGGGAAACUGGAAUUUCCUUCUCCCUACUGGGAUAACAUCACUGAUUCAGCAAAGGAGUUAAUUAGCCUGAUGUUACACGUGAAUGCUGAGACCCGAUAUACAGCAGCAGAGAUCCUAAGCCAUCCCUGGGUGUCAGAUGAUGCUUCCCAGGAGAAUAAUAUGCAAGCUGAAGUAACAGGUAAACUGAAGCAGCACUUUAAUAACACCCUACCCAAGCAAAAUAACACAUCUGCUGGGGUUUCUGUCAUCAUGUGCAUUGCUAUAUCAGUCCACCUGCAUAUUUAAUGGAAUCCCCUUUAGCAUCACUUCAUUCCAAUACUGUCACCUGGCCAAUGCAGAUAAUACCAUCCUGUGGCAGAUAAGUAAAACUGCACAUCCCCAGUUCAGUGUUCUUGCACAGGAGGCUCCCGCUGCCCCCAAAAGCAUGUUGCUGUUAAUUCAUUACUGAUUUUAUUUUAUUUUUUUGUCAGUUUUAAAAUGUUCUGUAAAUCUAAAUUUGUUGCAAUUGUGUUAGUUCUGCUUAAAGUAAGUCUAGUUUCUGUCCCUUGCUUCCUUCCUUUUUCCUCCUUUCCCAAUGCCUGCAUUGCUUUCCUCUGAGUAGGUCCAAGGCAAUGGUACGUACUAACUGCGAUGCUUUGUUCUGCUGCACAAAAAUACAUGUUCUCCAUUUUUAACAAGAAAGGAGAAAUAACUAAGCCAGUCUGAAGUGGAAAAAGCCGAACAGCCACACAAACCCGGUAAAGGAAUAUCUUUUAAGCACUUAAUUACAAAAAAAAAAAAAAUGGUCUGUCUCAAGCGAUGCAUAUUUGAAAUAUUCUAAGCAAACACUAAUAUAACUAUUUUUUACAUCCUCAUACAUAUCCUGAUCUAUUCUACUGGCAGUAGUUUUGUGCAUGUGUAUUUCUUACCAUAUCUAAAAGCAAUUAGAAAAAGGUGAGAACCCUAUGAAGAUAUAGCCAAAGAACAAAAACACCGAAAUAAAUAUAGUUUCUAUUUAAAAUAAACAUUUUAAUUGUCACUUGUUUUAUGGUAAUACAGACCUAGUCAGGAAAUAAUCAGUCCUAAAUUAAUUAAAAACAUUCUUACUUAGCUACAGUAAAAUUAAGCCUCCUCUUAAAUCUUCUUAAAAUAGAAAAUCCUAAAUUGUAUUACGUGGGUGUGUAUUGCUGUGUGCAACGUGUGACAACUAUCAGAAGCUGCUGUGAGGACAGCACAGGAGAAAAUCACCUUCAGCAUGAACUGAAAGCAUGUCCUUUCCCUUUUACAUAACUUUACCUGAAAUAGCAGAAUCCACUUUAUUUACAACUCUUUUUCUAGCAAGCAAAAAAGGAAAUGCAAUCCUGCCAGCAUAGCAGCUGCCUUGAUAAUGAUAAAACUCCAGUAGACCACCUCAAAAUCUCAAAAGCCCAGAUGCAGCUCAGCUGGUUACUUCCUUGCAUGCUCUGUGCAGAGUUGAUUGUUAGUAGCAGAGAAUUCAGUUGUGUAGUAUGGAAUUUUCUCCUGGUACCUCCCUGCAGGUAGACUAGUGAUGUCACUCACUUAAAAAACCCCAACAAACAGCAAAACCUACACACCCCCUAAAUUCAAACUACUAAAAUACUUAACCUUUUCUUUUGGGCAUUUUUAUCCUCAGUACUUUGGUCUGGACAAGCCUGGCAGGAAGGCCUUGGGUAGGAGGGGUGUCACAAGGCUGCUCAUCUCCUCCCCUGCCCCAGCACACAGCCAUAGCAUUAUAUACAGUGGUUUCAGCACGAGAGUUGCCAUCCAUAUACAUCUAAAUCCUAGUAGUCCUCUACUUGAGAAAUCAGAUGUCCUAAUCCAGCUCCUUGCUAAGUCGGAUAAAUGAGAAAUUUGAAUUUAUGCACUCCAAAAAGGAAUAAAAAUACGUAACUGAAUAAAGGAAUAAAAUACAUAAAAAUGCAUAACUGAAUAAACCACAAGGAACUUAAUUUAUCUGUUUUAACUUAAAUCUCUAUUACCACUGGUGCUUAAAGCUCUUCCACAAAGUAAGCAAGCUAAGCCAAGGAGUAUAUGAAUUUAUGAUGAUCAGAAUCAGCCUUGAAAGUGUGAAACAAGACCAAUUACACUGUUCCCCCAAGUCUUCAAAAGCAAUUUGUACAUAUGUCUUUGACACAGGAACUACCAGAUUUCCCCUUAGGUCACUUUUUAGACACUGCACUAGCAAUUAAACAUUACACUCUGAUUUAAUAUAACUUGCAGUUGUUGGCUUCAGCAAAUGUACUGCAUACUCCAAAUAACCCACCUACUGCACCACGGAGUUCUCAGGUUUUCAUUCUGACCUGUUUACUCCCUUCCCCAGUAAACUAAUUUUUAAGCACAGAAUUCAGAAAUUACAUAUUUUUGCCACCAUGUCAGUUUUGUGAGAGGUCAUUUGCCUACUCUCAGCAAUAAACAGAGAAGCAGACCCUUUUCUCUAAGACAGAAAAAAUCAUGAGGUUUCCAUCUGUCACCUUCAUCAAGGGCUCCUCUUCUGUAAUGUGUAGUUUUUUUACAGAAAAUGUAUUACUGAGCAUCACAUGAUAUCUUGUGUCUGCAAAAACAGAGAUACAUAAAUUUUGCUAAUAGCUGCUAUGAUGAGUUCCAUGAGGUAUCACAACCACUCACACCAUCUUUUUUCCACAUCAGACUUGCAAGACAAAAUUCUAAGGUUGCAACAUCAUGGCAAACAGAUGCCUGGAAGAUAAGUUUUACUUACAUUUUCCAAAGUCAGCAUCACAAAAUGCUACCGUUAAUUAUCUAUAAGAAUUCUAAUGUUAUUUCUCCUUUUUUUUCCUGGCUCUAAUGCAUGCACUUGAUGUCUUGUAGAUUGUUUUAACCCUUCAGUUAAGACAGGGCUUUAUUUAACUGCUGAUUUAAUGAUUUGCCUUGGGUUUUCUUUAUUUUUUGUUUGUUUGC